AUGAUGAUGCAUCAUCGUUGUUUUUUUGAUUUAUUACCUGCAGAAUUAUUACAUAUUUUAUUUAAUUAUUUCUCUGGACAUGAAAUCCUAAUUAGUUUCUAUGGUCUUAGUGAUUAUAUGAAUGCUAUUUUACAAUCUUAUUCUGCUUAUAAACUUAAUUUUAAAUCAAUUUCAAGAUAUAAUUUUGAUCUUAUUUGUCGCAAUAUUCGACCUGAACAAGUUAUUUCAUUAAUAUUAUGUGAUAGUGAUGAUACAUCUGGUGAAUCAGAAUUAUUCUUUUCUUAUUUUCAAAUUGAACAAUUUAUUCGAUUUCAAUCACUUACUUUAAUUAAAAUUGAAUUUAAAUCGUUAGACUUUAUUUUUUACAAUCUAUCAAAACUUAAUCAAUUACGUUCAUUUUCAUUUGAUGCUUCUACAAUUAGACAUACAUAUGGACCAAUGGAUCUUAAUUCUGGAAAUACACUUCGACAGAUAAAUUCAAUGUUAAUUCAUACUUAUGCUCAAAUAUUACCUCAAUUAAAGUUUUUAAAUUUAAAUGGUGGUUGGGUAUUAGAAUUGAUACAACUUUCGAAUCUUCAACGUUUAAAACUUGGAAGUUGUUCAAUCGAUAAACUCGAAACAAUUACUCAUUUAGCACCACAACUUAAAUCACUUGACGUUUGUAUUAAUUUUGGAGAGAUGAAUUUUCAAUCUAUCAUAUUACCAACUCGACUUACUCGACUUAAUCUACAAAUUGACUGUAAAAAUCAUUUGGAAUAUUCAACUAAGUGUAUGAUGAUGUAUCAUCGUUUUUUUUUUGAUUUAUUACUUGCAGAAUUAUUACGUAUUUUAUUUAAUUAUUUCUCUGGACAUGAAAUCCUAAUUAGUUUCUAUGGUCUUAGUGAUUAUAUGAAUGCUAUUUUACAAUCUUAUUCUUCUUAUAAACUUAAUUUUAAAUCAAUUUCAAGAUAUAAUUUUGAUCUUAUUUGUCGCAAUAUUCGACCUGAACAAGUUACUUCAUUAAUAUUAUGUGAUAAUGAUGAUACAUCUGGUGAAUCAGAAUUAUUCUUUUCUUAUUUUCAAAUCGAACAAUUUAUUCGACUUCAAUCACUUACUUUAAUUAAAAUUGAAUUUAAAUCGUUAGACUUUAUUUUUUACAAUCUAUCAAAACUUAAUCAAUUACGUUCAUUUUCAUUUGAUGUUUCUACAAUUAGACAUACAUAUGGACUAAUGGAUCUUAAUUCUGGAAAUAAACUUCGAGAGAUAAAUUCAAUGUUAAUUCAUACUUAUGCUCAAAUAUUACCUCAAUUAAAGUUUUUAAAUUUAAAUGAUGGUUGGGUAUUAGAAUCGAUACAACUUUCGAAUCUUCAACGUUUAAAACUUGGAAGUUGUUCAAUCGGUAAACUCGAAACAAUUACUCAUUUAGCGCCACAACUUAAAUCACUUGACGUUUGUAUUAAUUUUGGAGAGAUGAAUUUUCAAUCUAUCAUAUUACCAACUCGACUUACUCGACUUAAUCUACAAAUUGACUUUUUUCCGGUAUCAAUGGAUUAUAUGGAAUAUUUUCUGUCAAAUUGCUUUUAUCUGAGACAUUUUGAAUUGCAUUUGGCAGGUUAUGCUGAUCUAACGGAUGGACAACGUUGGCAAGCAUUAACUAAUUCUUUAGUCACAUUUUAUUUCAAAUUCGAUAUACAUAUAUGUAUUAAUUUUAUUGAACAAAUUCUUAAUUCAUUUCGAACAUCAUUUUGGCUUGAAGAAAAACAUUGUCAUGUGAAUGAAUUUACUGUGAGAAAAGGUAAAAUUAGCAAGGAGUAUUUCACUAAUAUCAAUGUAUUAAAACUCAAAUAUUCAAUUCCAUUAAAAUAUUUAUUACGCAUAGUCGAUCUUAAUCAAGUUAAACAUUUAUCAAUUUUAUCUUUACAAUAUUUACUAAAAUUAAUGCCAAUUUCAAAAAAACUACCCUGUUUAUAUGAACUCUCUGUUAAAAAUGAUAUAACAAAACAUGCAAUAAAACGAAUGUUUACUUAUUCUCUUGAACAAAUUCAAAAGCUUACAAUUAGAAUUAGUGAUAAGUAUAAUGAAUAUAUUAUUGAAGAAUUAUUUCGUCUUUUUCCAUGUACAAAAUAUCUAAUAUAUAAAUCUCAUAUCUCCUCAACACAUGUUAUGAUUCAUCUAAUAAAUGGAUUUGAACAUUUAUUAAAUGCAUCUUUUAUUUCAUGUGGUCCAUUUUCUAAUCAAGAACAAAUAUUUCGAUAUGAUCCAAAUUUAAUUGUUUCACGAAUAAAACGCCUUACAUAUGGUGCUUCAUUCUGUCGAAUAUAUUAUUUACCUAAUAAUGGAUCAGAGUUUAUUAUUAAUUGGUGGAUUGAAGAACAAGUAAGUCAUUUUUAUGUAAUACAAAUAUUAUUGAUAUUUUAUUGUUUUAUUCUUAUUUAA